AUGACAACAAUCGAAAGCACAGCGACCUACACAGAUGCACACGAGGGCGUGCACCUCGUUAUCUUGCACCAUGGUCUCUGGGGCAACAAGGGCCAUGUCAAAUUCAUUGCCGACCAAUUUAAGGAGCGCUUUGGCGAUCGCAUCCUUGUCUAUCGCGCAGAGUCGAACGAGUCUUCACUGACGUAUGAUGGAAUCGAUAUCUGUGGUCAAAGGGCAGUUCAGGAGAUCCACAGGGUCAUCCGUGUGAUCGAGGCUGGUGGCAACAUCGAGGAUUUGAAGGGACAAAAGAACAAGGGGAAUAAAAAGUCCAACAAGAGCUCCAACAAGUCAAAGGACAGCAAGAAGGCCUCCUCUGCGGAUUCGAGCCCGCAUAACAAUCGAUCCAGCAGCGAGGACCUUCAUGCAUCCGAUAGCGAGGCACAAUCACAGACACAGACGCAUCGUCACGCUAAAAAGAAGAAGGUUACCCAAUUCUCGUUCCUCGGUUACUCGCUCGGCGGGCUGAUUGCUCGAUUUGUGAUGGGACUCUUGGAGCUCGAGAAGUUCUUUGAUCCAGUGGAGCAGGGCGGUCGAGGCAUCGAGCCCAUGUACUUUGUGACGAUGGCUACCCCUCACCUGGGUAUCCGUCAGCCGCCCAAGACAACAUGGUCCAAGGUGUUCAACUAUUUGAGCUCCCGGAUGCUGAGUCGCACAGGAGAACAGAUGCAGCUGGUGGACGAUUAUAUUCAGGGGAAACCAUUGUUGUUGGUCAUGUCUGAACCUGAGGGCGUAUUCGUAAAGACAUUGGCGCGGUUCAAGCGACGAGUGAUUUACUCUAAUAUCCGAAACGACCGAUCUGUCCCGUUCUGGACGGCCAGUUUUUCGGAUGCAGACCCCUUUAGCGAACUCGAAGCCAUGGAGAUUCAAUAUAGCAGCGGCUACUCAUCCUUGAUCGAGUCUUAUGUGCAUCACGAUAUGGAGACACUUGCUCGGAUGCAGGAAGAACGUGCCGCAUCUUUGAAGGCUACCUCGUUAACGCAGAGGGCCUCGCAGACACUAUCCAGCAUCCCCUGGAAAAAAUACGCCUUCUUUGGCCUCCUUGGACCCAUUUUGAUUCCUGUCUGGAUCGUCUUUGCAAGCACAACCAUUGGUUACCAAGGCCUAGAUUCCAGGAGGAGAACCAAGAACAUGACGACGACAAGCGAGGAAUUACUACGGAUCCGUGAGCGGGCUUCGACUACCGCUCUGGAUCGAUACCGCGAUGACGAUGAGGAGGACGGGGACGAAAGCGAUGGUAACCAAGGCCACCGGCAGGGUACCCAGACGACUGCUCAUUCUUCGAGCAGCACCGUGGUUAGUCCACAAAAAGAUGAGGCGGAACAGGAGCACACGGUGUUGUCAGUGAAGAAGAAUGAUUCUGCCGGGGCAGAUGGAGAGGAAUCCACGGUGGUGUCGCACUCGUUCCCGUUGCUCAAGUCUGUUCAGCCUCUGGCGCUGCUGCCUACGCAGGUGGAGAUGUCGAAGAACCUGAACACGCUGGAGUGGAUGAAGAAUAUUGUGCAUAUUGAGGGAUGGAAUGCACACGCGUCGAUCGUUGUCCGCGAAAAGCGGUUCAUGAACGAGGGGGGUGCGGCGGCAGUGCAGCAUGCCGUGGACCUGUUCCAGGAGGAUGGCGAGGACGAGUAG